AUGUCAUGCAGCGACUGCCCCUCAGACAAACCCUCAGAGAAAGCCUCGUUCAAGUCUAUCCCAGACCAUGACGAGUCUCUUCUACAAAGACUCUCUCAAUUAGUCGUCAACUAUAUACCAGCAGGAUCCGCCUUGCUCUCGUCUUCGUGUUGUUGGCUUCCAGCUGUCCUGGAUUUUCUUUUUGCGGGUUCGGUGGCCACUGCUGGCAUCGAGAAACUGCGAAACACCUUUCUGGCAAUUUCUAUUCUGACCCUUAUCUGGGGCGUGUGGCGUGAGGGACUCAGUCGUCGAAUGUUGUGGCGGAUUGCGAUCUGUGUCGGAUUGUCCGCUUGGGAGCAAGUGAAUCAAUUGGGAAAGGUCGAUGGAAAGGGAAAACACAGCUGCCAUUAA